GACCUAUUCCUGGGGCUCUAAAUCCACCAGGGCGCUGUUAGCCCCGCCCCCCAGCAGGGAGGGGCCUCUGCGCUGGUGGGACCAGGUCCAGGCUCAGUGCUGAGCCGGUUCCCCUGCAGAGGAGUUUUCUCUCUCACUCCUCCUCCUCCUCCUCCUCCUCCUCCUGCUCUCCGUGAUCCUCUUCCCUUACUUCAAGACGCCCGGAAGGUCCUCCUCCUCCUCCUCCUCCUCUCUGGUCCUCCCGGCCGGCGAGCAUGGCGGACCGAGCGGCGUGCGGCGAGGACGCGGCCGGCGUGCGGGCGCUGCUGGAGCGCGUGGCCGGCGUGGUGGACGGCGUGCGGACCACGCAGCAGCGCAUGGAGGAGCGGCAGCUGGAGCUGGAGGCCACGGUGAGGAGCGUCCAGGCCGACGUGGUCCGGCUCACCAGGGACCACGCCCGGACCGGCGCCACCGUGGACCGCCUGCUGGAGAAGACGCGCAAGGUCAGCCGCCACGUGAAGGACGUGCGGGUCCGCGUGGAGAACCAGAACCUCCGGGUGAAGAAGGUGGAGGCCACCCAGGGAGACCUGCUGGCCAAGAACAAGUUCAGGGUGGUCAUCUACCAGGGUGGCCAUGAGGUGAAGGCCGUGGCGCCGGGCAGCGAGCCAGCAGAACCCGGCGGCGGCGGCGUGGAACCGGACAAGUUCGAGCUCCCGGCGGACUCUGACGAGGAGUACAUGGUGGUGGAGGAGGCCGACUCCUCGGCGGUCGGCCGCGCCAAGAAGACGGGGCUGACGCGCAUCGAGAGCUUCAAGGCCACGUUCUCCAAGGAGAACCUGAGCAAGACCCGCGAGAACCUCGGCACCAAGGUCAACCGGCUGAGCGAGCGCAUCGUGACGGCCGAGCGGCGAGAGAAGAUCCGCCAGUCCGGCGAGCGGCUGAAGGAAACCAUCGGCAAGAGCGUCCCGGCCAAGCUGAACCUGAAGAAGGAGCGGACGGUGGCGGAGGGCCAGGAGGGCGCCGAGGGCCCCGAGGGCCCCCAGGCCGCCGCCCCCGUGCCGCCGCCCAAGGGCCGCAAGAGCGGCCCGGGGGCCGGCCGGGCGGCGGGCGGCGGGGCGGCCGAGGUGCCGAUGUACGACAUGAAGCAGCUCUCGUAAAGAGGGGCGGAGCAGGAUCCGGACCUUCUCUCUGGACCCCCGAGACCACGAGACCCACGAGACCCCCGAGACCACGGAGACCACGGAAACCCCCGAAACCACGAGACCCCCGAGACCACGAGACCACGGAAACCCCCGAAACCACGAGACCCCCGAGACCACGAGACCACGGAGACCACGAGACUCCCGAGACCACGAGACCCCCGGGGGAGAAGUGUCUGCUCUUCCACUCAGAAGAUCCACAUCGUGUGUCUGAGCAUCAGGACCGUCUGUUCUGGACUUUUAUUGUCAAAUCAGAAAAUAUUAUGUUUUUGUUUGUUUUGUGUUCUUUGGAAAUAAAAGAACAACAAAUGGAACGAGGUUCCCCAUCUUCA